GCAAGUUUGUACUGAUAUAACUGUGUCCACAGGGAGGAGGAUUGUACUACUUAAGCUAUACUGGCUUCGUUAAAGCAGUACCACUUUUCUGUGUAGGAAGGCCUGAGUCAAAUUUGAAACAAAACAUGUAUGUAUAGGUGAGUGGGAAAUAAAAUCACGCUUUUUAGAGAAGGCUGUGUGGAAGAGUCAUUGUGGGGUUCGAUGUUUGUGUCUCAAUGACUCCUAGUCAAGUGUGGCCUUUUGGACUUGUAACGUGAGUGUUGGGGUGGAUGUUUCCUACGUGCCAGUGCCACAAACUCAUCCAGGACUGAGUCAAAUCAGAUUGCUGGUUAUGGAGAUUAAAUUAUGCCUUCAUGGACAUUAGUGUAGCAUCAUUAUCUUGGGUUGUCUUCCAUGGUUUUACAUGCCCUGAGGACACAAAUUGAGCAAGCAAUGGGAAUGUGGUUAACAAUUUGUUGAUGCAGGGGCUCCCAGAAUAGGAUCUCAUUUCCUCUCCCAGAGCUGUGCAGAGCUAACUGAAGUAAACAGUAAUAAAAAUGUGUUUUUGAUAGAAAACUAAGCAUGACUGAAUAUACACAGAUCUAUAGGGUAAGAAAAUGGCAUUUUGUUAUCGUUUAGAGAAGAAUCACACUUCACAUUGUUUCAUUUUCUAUUUGGCUAUGAAUAUUUUUAUCACACCUUUCUACUUUGCAGAUAUAUAUGACAUGAUACAAUGGUGAUUAAACUGUAAAAAACCUAGAUAGGUACAGUGGAAACCCAGCAAUACAACAGAGCCCAGGACUGAUUGGAUACAUGUACACAGAGGUACUUUCUUCCAAUGUGGGCUUCCAAGCUAAGUGUGGCAGGGAGGAAACCUGCCUUCAAGUCAGGGAUCAAGUUGCAAGAGCAAUAUACAACACUACUAACUGUUUAAUGUGCACACUUCCAUGGCCCAAUCAGUGUUACGCUGACAGCUCAUCAAUGGACUCAGAAGAUAAAGACAGAGAGGAAGAGAGUCUGCAGACAGCUUUCAAAAAGCUAAGAGUAGAUGCAGCAGGAUCUACCGCAUCUCUAUCUGUGGAUGAGGGAACAAGUCUGAGAGCACCGAUAAGAACAGCUAUGGAUGGAACCAAACCUCAACCUGUCUGUGCCAAAGAGACUUGGCAUGGGUGUGUGAGGAAGCCCACCAGGGGGUCAUCAAGAACCCAACGUCGCAGGCGUUCCAAGUCUCCUGUCCUGCAUCCUCCCAAAUUUACCUACUGCAGUAUGAAAGCAUCUUCUGCCCGCAGCCAGUUGAAACACAAAAGUCAGCCAGACACUUCAAAGAGUAAUAUCAGCUCAGACAUUUGUGUUGCAGAAGAACCAUGUACAGGGGACAAGUAUGGUUCCUGCUUUAAUGCCAGUGAUUGCAGAAGAGCCAGAAAUGAACCUUUGGGAGCUUCCACAACUGAACCGCCUUUGGAGAAUUCAAGAGAGAAUUCUGCUGCUGUUUCUUCGUCCUUUGAAACCAAUCUGGAUUCUAGCCAGCCUUCAGAUUUCCAGUCAUUAUCUGUGCUCAGCGAUAGCAAGCAGUGUCCUUGCGAGGACAAGGAAUGCCAGUGCAGACAGUGGCAAGACAUGGAAGUGUACUCUUUUUCUGGCUUACGGAGCGUCCUGUCGGAAUGUGAAAAGGCAGUGCUAGAAGUCCAUUCCCAGUCUCUGCAGAACAAAUCACCCUCUGGUGUGGCUUCGUCAGGUUCUCCCCGAUCUUGUUCUGAGCAAGCUCGAGCCUUCGUGGACGAUGUGACAAUUGAAGAUCUUUCAGGAUACAUGGAAUAUUACUUAUAUAUUCCCAAGAAAAUGUCCCACAUGGCAGAAAUGAUGUACACUUGACUACAAGGAAUCCAUGGAGAAUCAUGGGCUGGAAAUUCAGUAGUAAUGAGUGGAUGAAGUGCUCCCUCAGACCCAGGGAUGGGAAUUUGGCCAUUCUCAUUGCUGUGUAUUUGAUCAAAUGUUUCUUUGCACCAUACAGUGUAGUUUUUUAAUAAAGUGAAAAACAGACAA